CCAAUGAGGAGGAAGAAUAGGUUGCCUCUGUCGUCCCCCUUCCUCUUCUCCUCUUUCAGGAAGCAGGCGCGAUGAGGAGUCUUCAACUUGCCCCCUCCCUCCCUCCCUCGUCGCUUUCGUCAGGCAGCAGGCGCGAUAAACUGACGUCACCAAUAAUCCGGCAGUGAGUGGUGAUGGUGGGGGUUCUUCGGCUUCCCCCCUCCCUCCCCUCUUCCUCCGCUAAGCAGCCGGCGUGGUGGGGACGACGACAGUCGCGACGCUCAGUCAACUGAAGAGAGCAGUAAUGCUAACACUUGCCAGCAAACUGAAACGGGACGAUGGUGUUAAGGGGCCCCGUGCAUCCAACCCAGCUUCUGAUUCGACUCGAAGAGUGUCUGUUAGAGACAAACUGCUUGUUAAAGAAGUUGCGGAACUUGAAGUAAAUUUACCUUGUACAUGUGAAGUGAACUUUCCUGACCCAAAUAAACUCCAUUACUUUCACCUAACUGUAAACCCAGAUGAAGGUUAUUAUCAAAAUGGAACAUUUCAGUUUGAAAUUGAAGUUCCUGAUGCUUAUAAUAUGGUGCCUCCAAAAGUAAAAUGUUUGACUAGAAUCUGGCAUCCAAACAUCACUGAGACUGGAGAAAUUUGUCUAAGUUUAUUGAGAGAACACUCAAUUGAUGGCACUGGCUGGGCUCCAACUAGAACAUUAAAGGAUGUUGUUUGGGGAUUAAACUCUUUGUUUACUGAUCUCUUGAAUUUUGAUGAUCCUUUGAAUAUUGAAGCCGCAGAACACCAUUUGCGUGACAAGGAGGACUUCCGAAAUAAAGUUGAAGACUACAUUAAGCGCUAUGCAAGAUGAUGAAGGGGGAUGGAUGGCAGGACUCUGGAUGGUAUACCAUAAUGUUGACUUUAUAACUUGAUUUAAAAAACAAACAAACCUGGAAUGUAUUCAUCCUGUGUCCAUGUUGUUCCAAAGAAGAAAAACAAGCUUCAUAAUAGUCCAUGUGAAAUGGAAAGUUCGCCAUCAAUACAGCAAGAAAAUUGUGUAUGUUGGUUGAAAAAAAGUUUUGUUAAGAAUUUAGCAAUGUUUUCUUUUCUGAAACUGUACUGUAUAUCCAGAAUUGAGAUAUGCUUGAGAAGUUAAAAGAAAUCACUAUUAAGACUGUAUUUACACUUUUUAAAACUUUCGUCAUGACUAGUAACAAUGAUGGUAUGUUUACUAGAAAAUUGGCAAAUAAAUGUGUUUUCUGUAAGAACUAAGACACAAACAUUUGCCUUUGCUGGUAUUAAAAUAAGAACACAUCCUGCACCAAGCAAAGGUAAUUGCAUAAAGCCUGUUAGACCAAUUUAUUGAAGUUCAUCUUAAGUGUUUUACAAUUAUUGCUUUCAGUUCAUCUUUGGUCUACAGUGUUUUUGUUUGCAUUUAUUGUGGCAAGCACUUAGUAAAAUCAAGGCUUAUUUUAUAGCCUAUACAUAAAUGCAGUAUAAUUACUUGUAAAACAAAGUUUUACAUGCAGGUGCAAUGAAGGGGGAUUUUUAAAUACCACCUUUUUAACUUUUAGAUUCUGGUGUGGAACUGUUUCAGACUGUUAUGUAAUAAAGUAACAUGAAGUUUUGAGUAAUACCCAGAGCUCCAGAACCUAAUCCAUGAGAGCAACUUAAUGUGUGUUGCAGUCUUGUUAUAACACUCUUGGAACACCCUUUUAUGACAAAGGUUUGUAUGAAGAGUAGUUCUAAAAACUAUUUAGCUAGCUCUGUAUCAAAGAAUGUAUAUAUGAGACUGCAAAAUCCCUUUAGAAGGGGGCAAAGAUCCAUGUAUGUCAGGAACUAGUUCAAAGCAAAUGCCACACACACUGAUUGGAACCAAAGAACUGGGAGGAGAAAGAAAAUAUCUUCUAGCACUGUUCCAUAAGUUCUUGCACUAGUGCUUGCACAAGACUUCACACAGUGCUCUAAUAGGUAAGUGAGUAGCAGUUCUCAUAUUCUGCUUGUGCAAGAGGUUGCAUGAGUUCUUGCACAAGCAGAAGAGCAUCUCUGGUUUUAGUUUUUUUUGCUGUGGAGCAUUUUAGCAUGAAGAGUAAAUGAGGCCUCCCAUAAGUGGGAGGAAGAUACCUUUCACAUGCAGAAGAGCACCUUUGGAUCCAACACAUCUCGUGCUUAUUAACUUAUCCUAGUCCUGACAUAGUUGAAUCACAACUGAAGCCAAGGAUUGAUUCUAUAAUUGGCCUGGGAACCAGUAGAAAAAGGAAAAGAAGCAUAGUCGUCUAAAAUGAUUUCAUUUAAUGUUUAUGGGGAAGAAAUGAAAUGUCUGGUUUACCACAAUAAAUUACUACCAAGGCCAGAGAUAAACGCGUGUGUGUGUGUGGUUUCAUACAUACUGUGUGUGUAACAUUCCUGCUUUGACCUAUGCUGUGGAAGAAUUCAUUAGGGUCUCAUGGUAUUUGUCAUUGUACCAUUUUAAACUUUGAUAAUGAAAGUCUUGAAAUUAUACUAUUACGUUGAUCAAAUUGGACCUGUGCAACACAGUUGGAUGUACAGUGAAUGCAUUCCAGCCACUUUUAGUUCCUGUUGAUUUCAAUUCUCCCAUAACAAAGGGAAUUAAAAGGGUUUAACUUUGGCUGGAUUGUACCCAAUAUAUCAUAGAAAUUUGUUGCACAUAUCUAUGGUUCUGUAAACCUGCAAACUUCUUCUUUGUUCUACUCAGAGAAUGGCCUUCACUAGUUGCUUAUGUUGGCUGGCAGAGCUGGGUCUUUGGGUAAUUAUUAGGCACAUCUAUGUGUCUUUGAGACUAUAAAUGGAUUGCCCAGCUCUAGUGCAGUCUUUGUCCUAUGUUUGCCCCUUCCCCGCAGAACAAGUUUUAUAAAGUGUGUUUCCUUUAAACAAAAAAUCAGAACAGCAGGAAGAAAGCCACUUGCACGUUCAUCUGUGUAAUCAGUAAUAUAGCCUGAAGGACUGUUUUUCCCUUUAAAGUGUAUAAUGUGGAGAUAUAAAAUUUCUUCACUUCUGAUUAAAGUUAUUCACAAAG